GUCCGAGGGCCCUUGAACGUACCGCAGUGCCCUCAUGAUGAGCUUGUACUCGGUGUAUCUCUCCCGCAGUACUACCAUCUCCACCGGGUCCACCGGAGGAGGUACUUUGAUUCGGCCCUGCUUGGACUUUGCCACCGGGUCCGUACGCGACUUUCGCCCGCGUACAGCCUCCACCAGCACCGUGUGCCUGGGCGUCAGGAGCCGGGCGACCUGGACGCCUCUGUUGCCUAUUGCCUGCAACAUUCCCGUUGUUCGACGAAGCGUUUGAAGAUCUUCACAGAGUGCCGACCGAGACGUUGCAGAUCUCCUACUGGAAACCACAGUUCGUAUGUGGACACUCUGGAACCGUGAUGGCGGCACAAAAACGCCAAUUGGCAAUGGAAUGAGGUCCCCUGGCUCGGGGGCCGCCAUGAAUUGGCCCCCCUUGAACUGUCCCAGAAACCAACUUGGAGUUUUCUGAGCUGACAAAAGAUGGAGACAUGAGUCAGUCUUGUGGCCCAACCCAAGUGGACAAAGUGGGGAGUCUACCACCUGUCCGUCACAUGAAUGUCAAACAGUCCAGUGCAAGAGGACAUCAUUCACACCUAGAGUUCCAGGACAGCAAUUUGUCUCCGAGUCUUCCCUUGCUGCCAGCUAACCCUGCAGGAGAAGCCAAUGCCACUCAAUAUUCCCUAUUACACAAAAGCGACAUGGAAUUUCUUCCUUUAAGAGUGUUCCCAGACUUUUUCAUGGCAUCGGAGAGGACAGGCGUUCCACCAGUGGAGGACACCACGCAUGAGUCCAAUGAAGCCUCUUUGUCUCAGCACCCUUUGGCCCAGGAGACCUUGGCCUCGGAGAGCGGAUCCGGCGGCUGCUGUUCGCCUUUGCAGCUCAUUUUAACUUCAGAGGACAACGCAGCAGAAGAGAAAGCAAAAGCAGACGCUGUCGAUGGCAGCCAGUUGGAGAGAUCCACCCCUUCAGGGCACCGCAGCAUUGACGCCAGCGGUGUUACAAGGGGGCGUCCUCCAGGUGAAGCCGCCGAGCUGAGUCACAUCACCUCGGGGUCUCGCAGCACGCAGCCGGACAUGGUCAGCGAGAUGUUGUUCAGAGAGCUGCUGUCCCAAAGCGAGGGGGGGAGCAGCCAUAUUCCCAGCUCUACCCCGCAAGAAUCGGAAGCGGUCACAUCGUAUGCACCAGAGACGUCUGACAGCGGGACAAACGCGAGCAGAACUGAUCAGGAGAGUGCCCCCCCUUCAACAAGCAUGGAGCCAAGCCUGUGGUGCUCAGGCAACCAGACGGGUGUGGAAGGGUUCCAUAUGGCUUUCUUGCCGCAGUCUCAGUCCACACCAGGGGCUCUGAAGGUCCCGUUCAAGUCCAGCGCCAAGCUCAAGUCAGGGAGACUCUCGGUGAUCCGGUCCAGUGAUGAGCGCUCAUGUCGGUCCACGUCUCCACCGCCAGCUUCCACAGAGCCCCAGGCAGACCAGCGCCUUGAUCCCACGACCUCGGCCAGAGUCCAGUCUCUUCCAAGUCUCAACUACUUACAGAAAGUGGAUGCUUGGAGGGAAAGUCAGAGCUCAAGCAAGACGCCGUUGUUCGAUACCCUGGCUCUGCAGGGUUUCUCUGGCAUGUCGCCCAAAAAGAAAGCCUACGACGCCGUGUCAGGCAGGCUGAACCACAUCCUGACUGAGAGGGCCAAAGGUUUACCGCCACCACACGUUGCAGAGAACAGCUCUGUGGAUCCAAACAAGGGGGGGCGGAUGGAUGAAAACAAGGAAAAUCCCACAGCUCAAGUGUCUGCUUCCUCCUGCCUCAGCACGGCGGUCACGACAGACCAGAAAGAUGAAGGGGGGGCGUGCCAGCGUCAGAGCCCACCACCAGUCCACAUGAGCCUCUUCAGCGACGUAUCACUGGAUUCCGACCUGCUCACAAAUUCCCAGCGGAGCAACAAUAACGGCGAGAUGAAGUUGGGUGCAUCGCUUGGAGCUGCUUCUUCUCUUGUCAGCUUAGAGGCGGAUAACCACGCCCCCUGCUGGUCCUCCAAGCCAACUACGCCACCCAAACCUGCAGAGCUGAACAUCGAAGACCGAAUUCCGUUAUAUCUCCACAACCUUGGAAUCAAUCAGUCCCCCUCCACAAUCUUGACCGCCUUUGUGCCGAGAGGACCAAUCAGGGAGCCCGAAUUCUCUCCUACAGAUCUUAGCACCAUCAAAGAUUCCAUCGGAGGGAUGCCAACAAAGAGUAUCCAGCCGUCUGAAGUUGGCAGCCCUUCUAAAGGAGAGCACUCGUCAUCCUGCGACACCCUCCAACAAGCAUACCACCCCCACCCCGAUAAAGGCUGCGCCACCACACCUCAGUCCAGCCAGAACCGCAACUUGGACUCUCCAUCGCCAGCAAGUUGCAGCAUCGAGCAAAGCCAGGAAGAACCUCAGAGGUCCGAGAGCUCAGGUCCCCGAGCUCGCUCCUCAGAGAAACCAAGAGAAGGUUCUGUCCUUCAGGUCCUUCAGGAGAGAGUGACAUCAUCCGCAAAGCUCACCAUUUCUCCAGCUGGUGUCAGGAUUACACCCAGCAAUAUUCCCCAGCCGAGCCGGCGGGCCGAGCCAGAAGGCUGCAGCGCCGCUCCCCCCGACAGCACCGCCCCUCUGCCGCCACUAAUGGUCCCCCCAGCCAUGAACCCCAAAGAGCCCACCUCACCAGCAGACAUGCCAGAAAAGGAGCAAUCUACGCCGGGCGAUCCGGGACUGAGGAACUUCUCACCACCCAUCCCAGAGGACUCAGAUCAGGCGAUGAUGAGUGACGGCAGCAGUCAGAGGUCGCUGACGGUCAGGGUGGCCAAACUGUUGCAAAGUGACUCCCCGGCAGGCAGCGUCACUGACCAGGACGACCACAAACACCGACGGAGGUUCCUGCUCAAGAUGUCGGGAGGCCAGUUUGACUUGCUGCAGUUGGACCAACAAGAUCGUCAGCGAAUUGACGACAUUAAAGCGGAGAUGCUGGCAAACCGGUUUGUGACGAGCGAGAGCAGCACAGACACGGACACCACCCCGGCAUCCAGCGUGGCAGCCGCGGCGGCGCAGCAUCUGCCAGAUCUGACCAGGGCAUGGACCCCUGUCCUUCCGGAACCCGAGCGUGUGGACCUGGAGGCCCGCGUACAGGAGAUCGCCGCAAGAGAAGGCGUGUGCCUCGCCCGGACAAACGUCCAGGCCCACACGUCCAUCAACAUCUCGGCCCGCAAGCGCUCCGCCUCGCCUCCGCCGCCGGAUCCCCUCCUCCUGGCCGAGCUCGCCACAGGAAGUACAGACCAUCACGUCAGCAACAGGAAGUCGGCGAGUGAAAGCGGCGUGUUGGAACCAAGCAGUCGCCCCCCCAGCAACGUCUCACACCAGAGAUGGGACCCUCCCCCACCCUCACUCUCAGAGCUCCAAGAUGGCGGUGAGGAGUCGUCCCUCCAGGACAUCUCUGUGCCCCGCCGCGGCACUGAAGACACCACCAUCCCGUACAGCCUUGAACCGUCUGUCCAACCCGGGUACAUCUCACACGUUCAUCUCACCAUCUCCCCUAAAACCGUAGCACCUGCCCCCCUCCACAACCCCCACCUCUCAGCUGAGCCCACCCAAGAUAGGUUCGUCCCCCUGAAACGUUCCUCACCAGUCAGCAGCACGGACGAAGGCGUCGGCUUGUCCAGCCCACCCGAGUGGAACGAAAAGAAAGGACCAAUAGGGCGGGGGCCCGCGGCAUCUGAGACCUCUGUCCCACUCAAACCCCCCUCAGAACCUCCUCGGGGAGCCACGCCAUCUGCUCAGCCUCCCGAGAUCUUCACUGUGCCGCACGGCAACAUGAGCAGCAGGAGCCUGACGCCAGAAACGCCAGUUCGGGAUGGCUGUGCUAGCCGUGCUAGCCGUGCGGCGCCGCCCGUCCUGCAGCCUUACAAGCCUCGCGGCGCAGAGGAGGUCUUCUACAUGCCUCGAGUUGAAGCCACCAACAUGGCCUCUUCCUCCAGCACCAUGGAGAGCUCCCACACAGGUUCUGACGACGCCAUCCCCCCGCCAUUCAGCAGCGAGGUUCUGGGCCACGAGGACCCGGGUCUGGACCGUGGCGUGGCCAUCAAACAUGCUGAGGGCAUCUACAGCAAGAGGCAGCACACGUCUACUCUGAGGACACCUGAGGAGCACCGAGGUGGCGCCGUGACAGGACGUAAAAGAUCACCUUGGGUUUCUUUGACCCAGCAAGAAGCCUCCAAGAUGGACCCAGUCCAGGUGGGGCCAGGGAGUACACGAGACAUGGACCUGUAUCCUCAGAGCGGCAUUGGACGUGUGGACCCGCCUUGGCCUGUGAUCACAGACCGGGAGGCGUGGAUCCUGGAGCAGCUCCAGCGCCUGUCUGACCACAUCCUGGACUCUAGGGGCGCCAGUGAGCGACCUGCGAGGGCUCCUUACGACGCAGAGGCACCAAAGGGGGGCGGAGGAAGAGGACAGCGUCGAGGAGGAAAGUACAGAGAAACGGAGCGAAGCAUCGUCACCACUUCAAAAAGUCCUCCUCCUCCUCCUCGCCAGGCGUGGCCAUUUCACCCAGAGGAGCUUGGCCACGCCCCCUUCACCUCCACAUCGUUCCCGCAGAGUCGUCACCUCUGUCCAGCAGACAGAGACGAGUCCACCACCUCCACGUCGAGGUCCACGUCCACUGUGGACACGGCCCGGCUCAUCAGAGCCUUCGGCAUCCACCGAGUCCAACCCCUGAAAAGGCCCUCAGGCCUCCAAAAACUGUACGGCAGCAUCAGCAAGCAGAGGGGCGAGUGGGAGGGGCGUGGCUUCCAUUCACAGGCCGAGACCACCGGCACCGAAGAAUCCAACGUCACAGCCGAGUCAUCCUCCUCCAGCUAUGUCAGAACCUCCAAGAUGGCCGCCAAGGUGGUCAGCAGAGGAGUCCAAGCAGGUGAUUUGGAGAUCGUCAGCAACGCCACGCGCCUGCACACCAGAGACGUGGGAACUAUGUUCCCUUCACCGGGCCGACCUGCGAGGAGUCAGCUGUCCUCGCAGAAGCAAAGGAAGAGUUGCGUGCUGCCUAAACCCAAAUCCGUGUCCUGGUUCAUUCCCGUGGACGACCUCGGCGCCGAGGCCAGGAAGGAGAACUGUCCCGAGGAGGACGAGGAGGCGGUCCCCGGACCGAGCACGGUGUGGUACGACGCUUACAGGAGAAGCGAGCUGUGGAGGGAACCUCUGCGUCCCAGACAAGAACACCAGCAGACCGCCUCUCCGCCCCCUGGACUAAAAACCACUGCUGUCACGUCCCUGCAGGAGGCUCUGGCUGCACAUCGGCCUGAUUUCAUCUGCCGCUCCAGGCAGCGCCUGCACAUCCUGACGCUGCACGCCGAGGAGAGGAAGAUGACUGGACGACCGGGAGUACUCAUGAGGGCUGUUCCCUGGAAGGAGAUGAUGCAGCGCACCAAACGAAUGUACGACACUCUUCCUGAGGUGCAAAACAAGCGUGCAGCAGAGAGACGGAAAGCACAAUCACGAACGAACCGACUGAAUGUGCAGCUCUACAACAAGAGAAUCACCAAGCGUCUCCUGGAGAACCGGCGAGCUGCCACACAUGAAAUACAUUGGUAAUUUAACCACAGAUACCAUUUAAAAAAAUUUUUUUUACUUUUUUUUUUUACUGAGCCGAGCUGAUUGUUUGAAUUGAUGGAAGGAAUGUUUUAUAGAAUAAAACAAAGCCCAGCGUUUGACACACUUUAUUGCCCGUUAAGUUCACAUGAAAGGACUGUACGAUGAAGCGCAUUUUAACAUAUUCAACAUCUUUUCUUUCUUUUCUGACUUUACCAACACUGAAGGUGUGGGAUAAGCAGUACUAUGAAGCUGGAUUACGUCAUCAGUCAAGUCAAGUCCGAGCGCAUUUGGAUAAAAUAGGUCUACCCCAAUCCUUCACUCUUAUCUUUUUCAGAGACCACUUAUUGAUCAGUGGGUGGGUCUUUUGUAGGCUCUGAUCUUGUAUUGGUCAAUACAUGGUCUGAUCUCCAUGUGACAUAACCAGCUUUGUAGUUCUGCCUAUCCGGAGUUUCUCAAAUUUCUUGUGGAUAAGGAGACAUCCUGCUCCGUCCGUACAGGCCUCGGUCAAGAAGAAUAAAUAAAACCAGAACUUCAAAAGGCAGCUCAGUGUCUAAAAGUUGCGUACAAGUGCAAAAUAAAUAAAUCCACAUCAAUUAAAUAGUUGGCGGCAAACUAAAGAAGGUUAAAGGUGACUUUGCAGAGUCGUUAUGUCGCUUUGAUGUGCAAAAGUAGCCUCUAAUCAAUGUAAACAUUACAGAGGACGGACGGUACGCUAACAUGCUACACAAGGCUAACAAACGCUCAUGGACCGGAAUUCACAUGCAGCAUUGAGAAGCUACCUCAGGAGCCGACCUCGCGAUGAUGCAAGCUCCCGGGUAAGCGUCGGGGCGUGAAAGCGGCGGGCUCGGAUGGCGACGGACCGAUGCUCAGCUCCUCAGCAGGCUAUGGACGUUCUGGAGCUGACGCUGCGUCAGGACCAGGUGGUGGACCUGCUCCUGACCACGAGGACACGGUACCAUCACGCGCCCCACCAGAACCUCCUUGCCUUGCUUCUCCUCCGUGGCCUAGAAAGCAUCCAGAAAAAGGCUUCAUUUACAGUUGAGCAUAUUUUACAUUUAUAUUUAUUAUUAUAUUUUACCAUUGAACAUAAUGAAUUCCAAAGGUGGUAUUAGUGUUGCUUUGGCCUACAGACGACUACACGACGACUACGCUAAAGAAUACCAGAAAAACACUACCUUGAUGAAGCAGGUAGAAGGGAAUGUGGCAAAGUCGGACGACACUCGAGCGCCAGGUUGCUGUUUGAUGACGUGUUCAGCGACUUCACCCUGAGGAGACGACACGCACCAACGUUGCUCAAAAUGGAUGAAUGUCGUGUGUGUGUGUGUGUGUGAGACAAAUCACCUUGAGUCUGUCCAGCGUAUCUCGUAGAGACUGUAAGCGAGCCGUCUGCUCCAGAAGCUGAGCGCUGGGGGUCACUGGGAACAAAAAAAUCAGGUUCAAUGUCAUUAAUAGUUUUGUACUUUAAAAAAAAAAUCCAAUAUUUACUUUUAAUUUGUUAGUAGUUCUUUUGCUGUUUGUUUUUAAGAGAAUUAAGACAGCUGGGAUAGACUGAUCAGUACAAAAUGAAUAAUUGCACCCUCUGCUGGCUGCUGCAGGUACUGCCAUUCUGGCUCUAUGGUACUAUUGGUAGCUCUAUCAAACCAACGGGUGGAUGUAUUGAUCAUGCCAAGAUUCCCCAUCAUCACCAAGUGUCACCCACCGGGACAUUUCCCUGUGAUGUCCACCACCUUGACGUUGGCGCUCAUUUGCAGUAACGUCUCCAGCAGCUGGUCCGUCUUCCUGUAGAGGGCGCCAGAGAGCGCCACCGCGGGCGGAUGACCCCCGCCGUCCCUGGAGGGCAGCUUGGUAACAUGGAGUGGGGGCAGCGCCGCCAGUUGGCUGCGCAUCUUCUCAGCCUGGAAGAAACAUCAGAUGAUUUUUGGAAACGUGUUGCCCUCUGGUGGCAAAGAAAGAAAGUGGCGCCCCCGCCGACCUUCAGCCAGUUGUUUUCAUUCUUCAGCUGCUUGAUGCAAAGUCUCUGAGCUUCAAUCUGACGAGUCAGCAGUGGCGAGUCCACCACCUGUACCCCCACGCCUGACGCCACGCCACCCGACAUCAAGCCCGCUGUGGGUAGAACACGUGUGUCAGACGGUUAAGAUGACAUAUUAUUAGAUAUUACUAAUAAUAGAUAUUAGACGUGCAAAAGUUGAAAAAUCUUAUUUUAUGCAGCAAAUCCCAAAAAGAGGUAAAUGUGUGAUAUGAGUGUUCAAAAUGAAACAUUGGAAUAUUUUUCAUGCAUGUUUGUACCUUUUUGAUCCUCUGCACAUAAAGUGGGAGAUUAAGGAAAAGGGGAAAUAUGACAGCAUUAUAUAUGAUAAUAUAUAGUUAAUAUAAUAAUAAAUUGUUAUUAAUAUUAGUUAGCUUUUGUAUGUAUGUUGAGGUAAACCAUCCACAACGCCUCCAA